AGUUCUCAAUGACCGCGCGUAACUUGACUCUCUCGCCGAUCUAUAAAUAAGUUUGGUCAGCGCAGACGACACCAAUACAGGAACGUUACUGGCCUUCAAUCCUCCAAAACGGAUCACGCAACGCUUACAGAGGUCAAAAUGAUGCUGAUCAGUACCACCAUUUUUGCCACCUGCCUCUUGGCAGCCGGGCAUGCUGCGGACUACCCUACAGUGUACAUGUCGGCCCAUGAGAACCAGGCAGUGUCCGUGUCCCGGGCAGGGUACAUAGAGUGGCACGAACGCUUCCAGUACCAGGAUGAUACUGACGUCACGCUCACCCUGCAGGCCGGAACCGGAAAUAACGUCAGGCUGGACUUUCUCAGUCUCAACAUCGAGGGGUCGCCCGGCGCAUGCGUCGACAAACUCGAGGUGUACGAUGGUGAAGGGACGCCCGUGGAGAACUCCACCCGGACAGUUUGCGGUACGAACGUGGCGGUGGCGGCCUUCACGUCCCGUACAGAGAACGUUGUCCUCCGUCUGCGGUCCGAUAACAUGGUCCGGGGGGACUUCAGGAUCCUCUACAACGUCUUCAGGCUAGUGGGCCCAAAUGAAAUGUGCCCACGUGACCAUUUCAAAUGCACCAAUCAGCGCUGUAUCCACGAGUCGCUGCUGUGUGACGGGAUCGACAACUGCGGGGACAACUCGGAGGAGUCGCAGGCCGCAUGCGUUGAUCCUGAACUUACGCCUGUCAACGUGACGAUGAAGAACACUUGCGGCCGGACCCUUCCCAUCGGCCACUCCGGUUACAUCUACAGGGGUGACAGUUCACAGGACAAAGUUCACAUCAACACCACGACGGUCUCUGAUAGGCGGAGGGACUGUCACGUGACCCUGGACGCGCCUGCGGGGUACCACGUCAACCUCCAUUUUGAAUUCCUGGACAUCCAGCGGAACUUCCCCUUCAACUGUGCAGACCAGCUCCACAUCUUCAACGGUCGCCAUGGCAACGUGACGACAGCUGCCAGGACGGUCUGCGGCAUCGACGAGAGGGAUUUCACGUCCACCGGAAGUGACGUCACUCUCCACAUAUCGUCAGCGUUCGGGCGGAGGGGCAGUUUCCGGAUCAUGUACACUCUCUUCCGACCUAGCAGCGGGUCCUGCUACAACUACGAGUUCCUGUGCCAGUCCGACCGCCGCUGUGUCCUUUCUGACGUCACCUGCGAUGGCAAGGACAACUGCGGGGAUGCCAGCGAUGAGACCACAGGGGCUGGGUGUACAGAGCGAGCCGGCGGGUCGGGGCUGGGUGUUGCCGGGAUCGUGGGGAUCUGUCUGGCGGGAGCGGCUCUGCUGUUCAUCCUGGGCGGGCUCAUGGUCUACUUCAGCGGCGCCAUCAAGGGUCGCAUCACCGCCUGCCUCACUACGUCACAGACGUCUUACGAUCCAAAAUAAAUUCAUAUCCAUGCGCCAAUACAACUCCUAUCUAAAUAGGCCAGGGUGUCAUUUUCAAGAUUUCUUGAAGUAAACCAUUGAACUUCUUAAACUUGAAUAAACCCUGUUUUUUCCCAAAAAUUUUAGUAAACACAGCAUCAAAGCUAACACUAAAAGUUUGAUUGAUAGACUUUGGUAUAUUCAAAUUGAAAAUUACUUUCAGAAUUUUCACCUUUCCCCUUUUCAGUAUAGUACCUCCUUGGUUCAUCUUUACUUUUAUGUCAUACCUGUGACGCGAAAACGUUCGAUACUGGUGUUCCGGACCGUGUGAUAACUUUCCGUAUCACAUGGGCUCUACGUUGUAUCAAACGGGCUCCAUUCGAAUAAAUCGAACUAUUUCGAGCGGGCCGAGUGGGGCGCCGUCGAAAAUUCGAAUACCUGAUUUUUAUAUCAACAACCCGACAACUUUGAAAACGUGAAAAGAUAGAUAAUACCGCUCGUUGUUGAGAAUGACAGGGACCAUAUAACCCGAUGCCGUGAGCUUAGAUUGUUAGAAAAAAUGCAGAAGUCAGAAGACUGUCACCUUGAAGUCAUGCUAGAGGUCAGAGCGACUUGUUGAGUGUUUUGAACAGGAAACAUUCACUCUUGUUUGUAAACCACUGAUUCGAUGGACGCAAUCAUUUGUUUAGUUCCAAAGGCUUAUUUUGACUGAAAACAUGUCUCAGUUUGAUUUGAACGUUUCGAUGUUUUGAACGUUUUAUCUACAGAUUUGUCCAACGUAUUGCCACUGCAUAGGCGUCUAAAACGCUUCACAGAAGUGCUUUAAUCUUAACUUUGAUUUAGUAGAGCCAGACUGUUUCCAGGGCCUACACAGGCAAGCUUCUCGUCUUCAGGGCCAACAUGCCUUCCACUGAGGAAAUUUUACCACAGCGCCCUUUGCCAAUGAUGUUUCUCGUACGGUCUCGUUCAGAGGAUAUGUGGUGAAAUUUUUAUCAGUACAUGUUAUCCCUUGUGCCAAGGAGCUGACCCGUACUAAGGUCCAAGAAACAGGCUGGUAUCUGUCUGACUUGAUAUUUGUCUUUUUGGUCGACCUGAAAUGGUUUUUAAAAAUAGCCCAGCUGUGUGUCACAUGUGUGUCUUCUCGGCUGCGCAUUUGGCAGGUGGUACGUUUAGUGACCUGCAACGUUUAUUUAGCUACAUUUAUGGACGAGAUAGUCAAGUCAUAGACGAGAUAAAGUUCGUUUUACUACAAACAUUUGAAGUAGGGCGGUCCGCAGGCAGACUGCUUGGUUACAUUUCUAGGCUUUGUGUCAUAGUAUGGUUGAUUUUCCUGCUUUACCUAUAAAAAAGAAGAGACAAACUUGUUCCUGCCAUUUUUUGGUGAGACAGCAGAAGUUACUGCUACGGGCGUUUUACUCUGGAUGCUGUGAUUUCUUUGCUAGACUUGCUCAGUGCAUUUCAAUGUUAAGCUAUAUCUAAAAGUUCUACAAGUGAAUGCACUUUGAAAUAAAGCGAAGUCCCAAAUGAAAACA